ACCUGCCCGCGCUUCCGGCAACACGCGCCCGCCGCCGUCACAUAAAUAGCGCGGAGCGCUCUCGCAGCCACUGCACCGCUCCUGCCGCCGCUCCGGGUACGGCCCCGCGCCGCUCAGGGUACUGCCCUGCUCUGCCCCGGUCUGUCCCGCACCGCUCCGGGCACUGUCCUGCUCUGCCCCGCACCGGGUUCUGCCCAGGUCUGCUACGCACCGCUCCAUUCGCCGCCGCCGCUCCCAGUCCCGGUGUUGGUCCCGCUCCGUGCCGUCGCCAUGCCGUUCCUGGGGCAGGACUGGCGCUCCCCCGGGCAGAGCUGGGUGAAGACGGCCGACGGCUGGACGCGCUUCCUGGACGAGAAGAGCGGCGGCUUCGUGGGCGACAUCAGCAGCUUUUGUAAAAAAGAUGAUCACAACAAAGAGAAUCUCUUCAACAGCAUAAACUAUGAUGUUGCUGCCAAGAAGAGAAAAAAAGAUCUGCUGAAUAACAAAGCCAAGACUCAAUAUUUUCACCAGGAGAAGUGGAUCUAUGUUCACAAGGGAAGCACAAAAGAGCGCCAUGGUUACUGCACCCUGGGAGAAGCCUUCAACCGCCUUGACUUCUCCAGUGCCAUCCUGGACUCCAGGAGAUUCAACUACGUCGUCAGGCUGUUGGAGCUGAUAGCAAAGUCUCAGCUGACGUCACUGAGUGGCAUUGCCCAGAAAAACUACAUGAACAUUUUGGAAAAAGUGGUUCAGAAAGUCCUUGAAGAUCAGCAGAACAUCAGGCUAAUAAGGGAAUUGCUGCAGACCCUCUACACAUCCCUCUGCACGUUGGUUCAACGCGUUGGCAAGUCUGUCCUGGUGGGAAACAUCAACAUGUGGGUGCACAGGAUGGAGAGCAUUCUUCACUGGCAGCAGCAACUGAACAACAUUCAGAUCACCAGGCCUGCCUUUAAAGGCACCACGCUCACGGACCUGCCCCUGUGCUUGCAACUGAACAUCAUGCAGCGACUGAGCGAUGGCAGGGACCUGGUCAGCCUGGGCCAGGUGGCUCCUGACCUCCAGGUGCUCAGUGAGGACAGGCUGCUGUGGAAGAAGCUGUGCCAGUACCACUUCACAGACAGACAGAUUCGCAAACGUCUGAUCUUAUCUGACAAAGGACAGCUGGAUUGGAAGAAGAUGUACUUCAAGCUCAUAAGGUGUUACCCACGGAAGGAGCAGUAUGGUGACACACUGCAGCUGUGCAGGCACUGCCACAUCCUUUCCUGGAAGGGUACUGAUCACCCCUGCACAGCCAACAACCCAGAGACUUGCUCCACCUCUCUGUCACCACAAGAGUUUAUCAACUUGUUCAGGUUCUGAACUUGGGUCAGCGCAGCCUAUGCAAUUCUUACAGGACACUGUCACAGAGCUUGGACACUCCAUUUGUAAAUAGUGUAAAUAUUCAUGUUUGCUUGAAGCUCCUGAGUCAAGGAACAAGAGGAUCUCGGAGAAGAAAGGUGAAGUUGCUCACUGACAAGCAGCACUUAAGGAAUACAGACUUCCAUAGGAAUGGUGUAUAAAUACAGCAUGUUGUACAGAGUCCCUUUUUUAUCAUCAGAGUACAAGAUACAGGGCAAAAAGACCUUCAUUUUUUGUUUUUAGAAGUUAAAAAUGAAUUUGCCCCGCAUCCAUUUGAGAACUCUUUUGGUUUGUUUCUAAUAGAGAGAAAGCAAUACGAGGCUAGGACUGUUGAACUGUUCCUCCAUCUGGUUUUAUUCAGCAUACAUAUUUAUAAGUAUGACAUUUUAGAAAUAUUUAUGAAAAAUAUCCCUGUGACAAGUUUAAUAAUACUUUUGUGUUUUUAAAAGGACACAUUGUGAAAUACUUAGGAUAGAAAUCUAGCCUACUUGCGAGACAGAAUCGCAACACACCACUUUCUACCUCCAAUAGAUUGAGUACCUUUCAAACAAAACUCCAGUGUACAAUGUGAACUUUUGUAUUUUGUACAAUGAUUUAAAGGGAAAUGUUUGUGAUAGUA